UGUUUCAAACCACAAACCUCUGCUGUGCCGAAACUGCCCGACCGUAAAAAGUGCAUUUAACCAAACCCAAUCAGCGACCAAUUCACGAGCCAUGGCCGAGGAGGAGUUGCAGACCUACCGCCGCUGCAUUGGCCAGCAGCUGGAGGAGCUGGAGCUGCUGAGCUCCAUAUACUGCGCCGCCGGAGAGCUGCAGCUGCUCGAUGCCGGGGUGGUGGCCGAUUUCAAUGAGUUUCUCGAGGAGAAUAAGGACAAACCCACCGCCGCCAGUCUUCUAUCGCAUCUGGAGUAUGUGGUGAAGUUGAGUCUGCCCGCCAAGCAAAGCGUGGAAGUUCGCGUGGAGCUGCCCCAUCUGUAUCCGAUUCUGGAGCAGCCACUGGUCAGUGUGCACACUCCAUUGCUGGGGAAAUCCAAAGAGCAGCGUCUGAAGAUUGACAUGGAGCAGUACCAGAGCCAGAGGCGGCAGGAAGACGACGAGCCGUAUAUUUUCCAGCUUCUAAGCUGGCUGCAGGAGUACAUCGAGGAGCUCAUAAAGCGACCGGCUGCGGAGUUUGUGGAGACAUCGGCGGAGCCAGAUCAGCCGCCAGAUCAGCCAAAGCCCGCUGCCUCGCAACUCGAGCGUAUAUGGAUCUACUCGCAUCACAUCAAAUCCACCGCCAAGCGGCAAGAACUCAUUCGCCAGGCGCGCCAGUUGCAACUCACUGGCUUCAGUAGACCCGGAAAACCGGGCAUCAUCUGCGUGGAAGGUGAGGCCGAGAAUGUCCAGACCUUCUGGCGCACCAUUAGGGCGCUUCGAUGGCAAAAGAUCAGCCUGGUGCGAACGGAGCCACGACAGCGCAGGCGGGGAUUCGAGGACUUUAGCGAACAGCUCUUCAACGCCGCGGAGGGAGUGAUGAACAUGGGCCAGUUCAUCCGGUUCCUCGAGGAGCACGGAUUCGGCUACAUGAAGUCUGAAUUGUUUGGUUUAGCCUGAGCGGAAUGGCCCCACCCCCAAAAAUUCUAGUUGUAAAUAAAGUUUGUUAUAUGAGAUCAGUUCAAACCUUGGUCGAAAAACUGAGACACAUUCGCGGCCCGUUUGUUGUGAAUCGAUUCCUGAUCGGAGCUGAGGAAAUGUGUGGGAUAGGUUUCCUGGAAGCUAACUUCAAAACUUCGCCCCUGGGCAAAUGCAUCCGCAAAGAUUAGUAUAAACAAAACGCAAAACAUUU